UUAUCUAACCAAGGAAGUAGCCACCACUUUCUGAGACUUCCCUCUGCACUUCUCCAUCACUCUUUCACACUUCACACCAUGGAUUUGCUCUCAAUUUCUCCCUCUCACCCUUCACCUUCCCUUCGCACCCUUUCCCAAAACCCUAAACUUCCCAUUUCCUCUUUCGCCCCAAAACCCUCUUUCUCAUUUUCGCGCUUUUCCAAACCCAUUAAAACCCCACCACGAUGCCGCGUCUCGGCCUCGCCAAUUUCCUCUAAAAGCCUAAACUUUGGGUCCGACUCUCCAAACCCCAGUCUCUCUUUCCAGCUAUCCGCGCCGCAGACGCCAGCGACGGCCGCGAGAGGGGCGGAUGGCGACGUGAUGGGGUUGUUGCUGAGGGAGAGAAUCGUAUUCCUUGGGAGCAGCAUCGAUGACUUUGUGGCUGAUGCUGUUAUGAGUCAGUUGCUUCUGUUGGAUGCCCAAGACCCCACUAAGGAUAUAAAGCUAUUUAUUAAUUCUACUGGGGGUUCUCUCAGGGAAAAAACAGAUAACCCUUUCCUUUAUGUCCCGUUUUCACAUUACCUCAUUGCAGUUCGAUGAAAUGUGAAGCUUUUCUUUCCUGUGCUGGUAUAUUAGUUGCAUCAUGCUCUAUCUUGUUUUGAUGUUGUAAUGGAAUUAACCUGUGAUCAAACCCCACCAGCAUGAAAUCAAUGUGCCUCGAAAUAUUCAAAUCUCUGAUCUUUGAAAGAUUUCUGUUUUGGGAAAUUUUAGGAUGUAGAGACCUAAUUGCUGCAAAUGAUUUGGGCAAGUCAGUUUGGCCGUGCUAUGUGU